ACACUUCCCAUAAUUGUUUUUGAAUAUCUAACUUAUUCGGUUCACUAUGAAAACUUUCCUGGUUAUUUGUGUCCUGGCUCUGGCCACUCCCGCCAUCCUGGCUCGCCAAAUGGAUCGAUGCUCCCUAGUUCGGGAGUUGUACAAUCUCAGAGUGCCGCGACACCAGUUGGCCACAUGGGCCUGCAUCGCCGAACGUGAAAGUUCCUUCCGCACCCAUGUGGUGGGAAGAAACCGUGAUGGAUCCACCUCCAAUGGAAUCUUCCAGCUCAACGAUCGGUACUGGUGCCAGCCGUCCAAUGGAAAAAAAUCCCACAACAUUUGCCGCACUAGCUGCAACGAUUUCCUGAGGAACGACAUAUCCAAGUCGGUGCGAUGUGCCCAGAAGGUCCUGUUAAACCAGGGAUGGUCGGCCUGGGCAUCUGGGUACUCAUGCAUUAGAAACGUGCCAUCGAUCAAGAAUUGUUUCUAACAAUGUGUUAAAUUCGUCACUAUUUUAUUAUAACGUUACUCAACUUACACGCUUUUUAUCUUGAUGUGUACUAUACUAUUCUACAAUAUGUUUUGCUUGCCUUAAUACAAAUUUAAAAUAAUUUAUAUUUUUGCAUAAUAAAUUGCCUAGAAACUUUA